AAAAAAUAGAGAAUGAUCCGGAUUUGAAUGAUUUGGUAAUUGGUAUUCUCUUUUCCCUCCGGCCCUUUUAAUGGAGGGAUAUUGAGGGAGGAAAGAUCGUCUUUCUUCUGUAUGUCCAUCGAUCGCCAUGGCUUCUAAUUCUAAUCCAACAGGUGGUGGUCGUCCUCCAAAACCUUGGGAACAAGUUGGGGGUUCAUCUGGUCCGACACCGUUCAAGCCCCCGUCUACAGGUAGCACAAGUAGUGUUGUUGAAGCUUCUGGAACAGCACAACCUGGUGAAAUUGUUCCUGCAGUCAACAGAACUGGAAUCGUGGAUACAACUACACUUGCACGGCCUGUUCCAACAAGACCAUGGGAACAACAGACUUAUGGGGGAUAUGGUUCUACUAUGAACUAUAACUCAGGCUAUGGCUCUAGCUAUGGAUCUGGAAUGUACGGAAGUUCAUAUGGUGGUGUUUAUGGCGGAGGAUUGCAAGGAAACAUGUAUCGAGGAGUAGGAGGUUAUGGUGGUGGACUUUAUGGAGGUUCUGGUGGUGGGCUUUAUGGAGGUUCUGGUGGUGGGCUUUAUGGAGGUUCUGGGAUGUAUGGUGGGGGAAUGUAUAACAGUGGUCCAAUGGGUGGUUAUGGAAUGGGCAUGGGGGACCCUAACGGAAAUCAAGAUCCCAAUAAUCCAUAUGGUGGUCCACCAUCUCCACCUGGCUUUUGGAUUUCAUUCUUGCGAGUGAUGGAAGGUGUGGUGAACUUCUUUGGUCGAGUUGCAACGCUGAUUGACCAAAAUACGCAGGCAUUUCACAUGUUCACAGCAGCCCUUCUUCAGCUUUGUGAUCGAUCGGGCAUGUUAUAUGGAGAACUUGCUAGAUUUGUCUUAAGACUGUUGGGUGUAAGAACAAGACCUAAGAAAAUUCAUCCAGGCCAUCACAAUCCCCAUGGAGCCGGAAACCACAUUGAAGGUCCAAAGGCCGCCCCCAGUGGUUCUUGGGACAAUGUAUGGGGUGAUGGUUCUAGUUAAUGAUUUGAUAUACCCUUCUUACUUUGACCCCCCCCAAACUGUUUCUGGAGCCAACCAUCGUGACAAAAUUGAAGACCAAAGGAAAUCUGCCCGACGAACAUGGUUUUUGUAAGAUAGUUCUUUUACUCCGUAUUGGAGGAUUCCAUUGCUAGUUGUUAAUGGAUUUUGGUCACAAUGUUGUUGGAUGGUAACCAAAGGAAUGAAUAAAUAUUUUUCUUAA